UGUACUUUUAUGACUCCCUUGAGCUGAGGACUCGCUCUGUACAAAUUCCUCAAUCCACAAAAAGCGCUUCAAACAAACAUUGCUCAAUGCCCGAUUCCCAAUCAUCUGUAAACUGUGAACCUCUUCCAUCUGCGCAAUGGUAUCGUGUAAAGUGGCGCAGGUAUGUACAUGGGAAGUAUUAUUAGCUCUAUGUAAUGUCGGGCUAGCACGCUGGCCAAAUAACCAGAUUGGGUAAAAUCUGGAAUCGCGCCUUCUGCCGAUACUCCACCUACCAACCAGGUUUCCACCCUUUUGCAGCUCUCGGACGGAAGAGUGUUUGUAAACUUAUAUGUACAAUCGAAAUGACACGUACGCGAAAUUCUUCAUGACCGACUAUAAAUCAAACUGAAGUCCGUUCACCAUAUACUACUGACUGCUUCACAUUGCCACAUUCACCCUACCACCAAGCCUCCUAUUCUACCCUAUCAUAAUGAGCAACAACAAGUCGAAAGGGGGCAUCGUGGUUUUUUCCGGUGGAAGCGCGGCAAACAACCUCGUCGAUGUCUUCCAGGCAGUAAGAGAGAACAGAAAGUGUCUUCUGAGCUAUGUCAUUCCGAUUAGUGACAAUGGUGGGAGCUCUUCAGAGUUGAUUCGGGUGUUUGGUGGACCAGGUAUCGGCGAUGUCCGCAGUCGUCUUGUACGCCUGAUUCCGGAUGACCCUGAACAUGAGGAUAGCGAAAAAGCCGCGAUAAAGAUCUUCUUCAACCACCGACUUCCAAAAGAUCAAAGACUAGCGAAGUUGGAAUGGUUGCAGAUAGUGGAAGCAGACCAUGAGCUCUGGACCCAUAUCUCCACCGCUAAAAAGGAGCUCAUGCGGGCAAUUCUAAACAUGGUGAAUUUCGAGAUUUUGAAGAGGCUGAGACCAAGCUCUACAUUCGACUUUUCGGGAGCUAGCAUCGGUAACCUUUUUCUCACUGGAGCUCGUCUUUUCACUGGUUCCUUCGAAUCAGCCAUCUACCUCUUGUCAAGCAUCUGCUCUGUUCCAGAACAUACUUCGGUGCUCCCUGCGAUCAACACAAAUUUCACACAUCACAUCUCUGCUGGACUGGCCGACGGCACCGUGAUUACUGGUCAGAACUCCAUCUCACACCCUUCAAUAACUACAGCGCUCGAUGACACAGCCCCCACUGUGCACGAGGACACCGAGCUUCACGAUGCUAUAGAAGAUGCCAAUCUUCCAGGAAGUCUCCCCACUCUACGAAAACAAUACAUCAACUUCUCCAAAGCGGACGAAGACGAUUUACCAGCCCGUAUCCAAAGGCUAUGGUAUAUCAACCCAUACGGCCAAGAAAUCAAACUGGCUGGAAAUCCAAAAGUGAUCAACGCACUCAAAGACGCGCAGGCAAUCAUAUAUAGCAUAGGAUCGCUUUACACGUCGCUCAUACCAUCACUAGUCCUAAAGGGCGUCGGUCAAGCCCUUGCCAACCCAACCAUCCGCUACAAGAUCUUAAUUCUAAACUCGACCAACGACCGCGAGACUGGGCCUUCAAGCGCCCCCUUCUCGGCGCUCGAUUUUAUCGAGGCAAUCGCGAAGGCCGGAGCUGAGAGUAGGGGGUAUGUGGGCGAGGUACCCAAGUACGAUUACUGCUCGUACGUGACGCACGUCAUACAUCUUACCGGCCCUGGUACACCCGCAGUAUACAAAGAAGAAUUGAGGGAUAUAUGGAUCGAUACGAUUAGAAUAUACGGAAGGAGGGAAGAGGGCGAGAGCUUUAUACGAUAUGACGAGAAGGCUUUAGUGCAGGCGCUUGAAGCUAUCUUGGGCAAGAGAGAUCCGAGAGCGGAUAGGAAUAGAAGGAACACACUGGAAGGCUAG